UUAAAUGUCAUUACUAUGCGCAUCUUUUACAGUAUUAAUAGCCUGUAUAUAAAACGUCAGCUAAUAAUAUGUUUUCACUCGUGUCUCUUCACCUUCACAUUUUGUUGCAAACAUGUCUUUUCGUAAAGCAAAAACAAAUGACUGAUUCCUCCCCAUCCGGAGCAAUGUAUGGAAUACCACAGAAUUCCCAUCUAGGGGCCGCUGUGUGGUGGGAGGAGCGGAAGUUGAGGAAGUCGUGUAAUAGAUCGGGGAAUGAAGAGACCGUGUUUGUUCCAAACGGUGCGCCGCUCCGGAGUUCAGGAAGCGCCGAUAAAACCAUCCCGAAACUAAACACACACGCGCACUCGCCGGCGCGCGCUCAUCGGGACCGUGACUCGGGACCGGAUCAGGACACUUUUGCAUUAUGCAUUCGGACUGCAGGCUGCUGGGAUGGACGCGUCGGUAAUGGUGGGCAGAGGGACCGGAGGGGCUGCGGUCUUCAUCCUGAUCGUUUUUAUCUCACUCCUCGGUGCCAGAAGCUCGCGGGCGCAGAAGGGGGACGGCUGUGGGCACACCGUGCUGGGUGUGGGCAGUGGGAGCCUGGCGUCUCUGGGGUACCCUCUGUCCUAUCCCUCAAACUCUGUGUGUGAAUGGGAGAUCAGCGUGACCACCGGACACAUAAUCCUUUUGCGCAUUGCGGAUCUUGACAUAGACACAAACAACUGCCAAGUUUCUUACCUGCGACUCUAUAAUGGCCACGGACCGGGGCGAACAGAAAUUGUGAAGUUCUGUGGAGGGAAAGAAUGGAGAGACGCUGUCAUACAGUCAGAGGCGCAUCAGGUCACUGUGCAGUUCAUGAGUGGACCGCACAACAACGGCCAUGGCCUCUUCCUCUCCUACACCAAAAGUCAGCACACAGACCUCAUCACCUGUCUGGAAAAAGGAGAGCACUUCAGUGAAGCGGAGUUCAGUAAAUUCUGUCCUGCUGGAUGCCUGACUGAUUUCGGGGAGGUUUCGGGAACCAUACCGCAUGGAUACAGAGAUUCUUCUCCUCUCUGUCUGGCCGGUGUUCAUGCGGGUGUGGUCUCCAACACUCUGGGGGGGCAAAUCAGUGUGGUCAGCAGCAAAGGCAUCCCACACUACGAAAGCUCACUGGCCAACAAUGUGACAUCUGUGCCUGGAAAUCUCUCCCCAAGCCUCUUUACUUUUAAGACCAGUGGUUGCUAUGGCACUUUGGGUUUAGAGUCGGGGGUGGUCAGUGACUCUCAGAUCACAGCCUCCUCAGAGUGGGAAUGGGGCGGUCACGGAAAGGAGCCCACUGUCUGGGGCCCCACAGGGGCCCGACUCAAAACACCAGGACGUCCGUGGGCAGCAGCCAACAGCGACACAAAAGAAUGGAUUCAAGUGGACUUAAAGAAGGAGAAAAGAAUAACAGGUAUUACCACCACUGGCUCCACCCUCCAAGAAUAUCAGUUUUACGUUUCAGCCUAUGAGGUGUUAUAUAGCCAUGACGGACAGCAGUGGAAACCCUAUCAAGAAGUUGGAUCCGAUAAAAAUAAGAUUUUCCAAGGGAACACCAACUAUCUCCAGGAAGUACGGAACAACUUUAUUCCUCCAGUCGAAGCACGCUUCAUCCGAAUAUGUCCAUUGCAGUGGCACCAGAGGAUUGCCCUUAAAAUGGAGCUUCUGGGCUGCCAGCCUCAUGCAGCGAGGCCAAGAAUCUUCCAUCCAGCUCCUCCUCCCCCUCGCAGAAGAAGCACAGUGCCCCCCCUACAGGAGAAGACCACACACACUCCCAACAUCCGAAACACCACCAUGCCUCCUCACUCUCAUGACGAGGUGGCGCUGGUGGCGGUGUUGGUUCCGGUAUUGGUGGUGGUUCUGACAACGCCUUUGUUAGUGAUGGCGUGCUCUUGGCUGUGGAAGAACAGAAAAAGCCCAGAGGUGACUUAUGACCUCCCACACUGGGAGCGCACAGUGUGGUGGAAGAGUAUGAAACAGUUGCUGCCUUCUAAGUUGGAUGGAGAAGACUGUGUUCGAUACAGUUCCACAGCACGAGUGGACCACCAGAGACCCCGGGUGGAGCCUGCAGAAUACGCCCAGCCUCUUGUCACCGGUACAAUGGCCUCUCUUGGACAAAGGUCAACAUUUAAGCCCGAAGAAGGCGAUGCCCCCGAGUAUGAUGCGCCUAUUCCCCCUGAACAUUACCACGCUUACGCUGAGCCCCUUCCUGCGUCUGGCACUGAAUAUGCCACGCCAAUCAUGAUUGACAGGGCUAACCACCUAUCAGGAGGCACCCUGCCAUUCAGGGGCCGUGGUUUAGUGGCUCGGACAGACAGCAGCCAAUCAGCAAGCUCAGCUUAUGACACACCCAAGAGCACAUCUGAUCAAGUCACACCCACAGAGGGACAGUUGUACCAAGUGCCACAGAACUCCCACAGUGCACCGUGUCAGAAAAAAGACUGACCAAUCGCAGAAGAGCGUACCCUUUUGGAAGCCCGCGGCUGAACACUACCUUUCCCAGAAAUCUGCAGAUCAGAUCAGAAUGUGCCGUCUCAAAUAGUACGCCACGCAAGUCCUAUCACUGAAAUAACACACAGGAAUGUCAGGAGAAAGAGAACAGCAGAGAUCUCUUUACACUACUGUGUUUUGUGGGUGUUUUGUGUGUUCAUAAGUCUAAAUGUGUGUACGAGUGCAUAUAUGUGACUGUGCUCUGCUAUCAAACUGUGAGUCCUUAGAUAUCUGUGCAUUUUUCUGAGAGCGGAGAUGUAUUCGUCUCUAUCGCUCGUUGUAAGGCACAUUUUUUUUUCUUUAGGCAAAGAUAUUUUCAACAAAACCGCCCUCACGCAUAAUACCAAAUGAUUGCAUUUCAAAUGAAUAGACAGACACUCUCAUAACACUGUGAUUCACUGUCAUGUUGCACUGUUGUAUUGUAUUCUGCUGUUACAUAGGUGCCUUCUUUGUGACAUAGCAACACAGGCCUGCGCUGGUUUCUUUAGUUCUGUUCCAAAACCUGGUGAGUUCAUCUGCUAUCUAUACUGCCUACAUAGACGCCUGCCUUAACAGUGCAGCAUGCUAACUUAUAGGGGUGAACAUCUCACAUUGAUUUUCAUAGCCGUAGGUACAGAAUUUGAGAUCUGGCUGCUUUUUUAAUAGAUUCAGGGGCCUGUGAUUGAUCUAUCAGUAGUAUGAUAUUAUAUUCCCGUUUCAUUUUUUUUCAUUCAAUUCACAAAUGCAGCCAAAAUAUAACAAUUGAACUCUGAAAAUGGCAAAUUCUGUAUCUUCAACAAAAAAUCGAGUCACACAUGAGAUCAUCAGUCAUCUGAUGACAGCUCAUCAUUGGCUUGUGCAAUGAUAUAAACCAUGACGAAAGAAAGAAAGUCUCUCAGUGCAAAUUUAGCGCUCUAAAUUCUAAAUGAGGUACUCUGUUGUUGAAACAAUGUACUUGUACUGAGGCGAAAAAAAAGAGGCUUUUUUUAUAACAAACAAGUUUUCAAUUAUAUCUCAUAGAUAUAUGAAAAUAUCGAUUUUUUUUUUUCCAGUGUUGAAUCGUUCCACAUUGUUAGUCACCGACAAAACGUUUUGUCUUGUGAUUUUACGUAAAAUCAAAGCGUUUGAUAACCACAGAACCAAUAUACGAUAACUAGUGUUUAAAAAUCUGUUUAGAUUUGAGGAGUCUUCCACCUAGAGCUUGUAUCUUGAAGAUAACUAAUUUGAAUUGGUUUAUAAUGGUUAGCAUGUUGCUAAGCUAACUCCUCAGCAUUGUAAUAAGCAGAAAAUAGUUUUUUUUUUUACACAAAUAUUGGGCAAUUGGUAAUUUUUUACAUAUAUUUAACUAGUUAGAAUAUAGUUUUCAUUAUUUAAUGACAUUAUGUUCAUCCAAGUGCAUACUUGCAUACAUUUUUCACUGAGCGGUCUGCUUUUGGGGGGAAAACAUUUAAUGCCUUAAAGCGCUGCCUUGCUAGGUAACUCUCAAGGUUUUGGAACAAGAUGAUGGUUGUGUGCAUUGUUCAGUUAAGUCUGAAUAAAUUUAAGUUGGACGGGCUGACAAACAUUUAUUCAGCACAGGAACUAGCGAGGCCUUUCUUUAAAAAAAAAAAAUAAUAAUGGUACAGCAAUGGUGCUGGUGCUGCAUUUUCAGUUUCCCAUGCAAAAGUCCUCCGUGCAUGACUGCACAUAUACAUUCAUGCCAGAUGCAUUAUUAGUCAUGCACGUCAAAACCUGUGCCACGCAAAAAUUCAUUUUAUUCUUCCUGCUGAUGUGUCUUGUAUUAAUACUCCCAAACCACUAACAGGUCGAGUUUAAGCUAGCUCCUAUAGUUACACUGUCCAAAUGGAUACUUUACCAAAUGUGACCCUUCAAAGCGGUCAAAGGUUAAAGAGCAAAACACAGGAUGCCGACAUUCUUGCCUAUAACAGGAUUCACUCUGUGCCGAGUUGUCGUUUAUAUAUAUAUAUAUAUAUAUAUAUAUAUAUAUAUAUAUAUAUAUAUAUAUAUAUAUAUAUAUAUAUAUAUAUAUAUAUAUAUAUAUAUUUUUUUAUUGUUGACUUGAAGACCAAACAACCUGAUGGAUAAUCAAUCCAAGCAUAUUAUCCAUUUAACGUUAUCAGACCAAACAUUGCCUCACACUAUGGAUUUUGGAUACCAGGAUGUUGCAUGUUCAAAGUCAAAAUAGUACACUGUUAUGUUUGUCAUUUACUACAGCAUUAUAAGUCAUUUUUCGGUACUUGCAUUAGUUUACUGGCUUAAAGCAAAGAAAUGUCCACAGUGGGGGUGCUAUGGACAUGCCUGUAUGUUUCAGUGUCUUUGUGUGUUUAAGAGUGUACCAGAUUCAGUUGUGUAUGUGCAUGACUGCUUGUUACCAGAGUUCUAUGUAAUGUGUUUCUGUGCACUGUAUCCACGUGUGUGUGUGUGUGUGUGUGUGUGUGUGUGUGUGUGUGUGUGUGUGUGUGUGUGUGUGUGUGUGUGUGUGUGUGUGUGUGUGUGUGUGUGUGUCUUCAUGUGUGUCUGCUGUUUACUGUACAUCUGUCUCUAAAUGAUGAUUGGUACUGUAGGUUGAUUGUAAAGAAAAAAACAAUUUAAAAUGGUAAAUUGAAGUUUUAUUAAAAAUGUAAUUACAAAAAGCAGACAGCUGGAUUAAUUCCUAGCCUGAACUAAUUAACUCAGCAGAGCCUUUUCUUUUUUUUUUGUUGUUUUUUUGUUUUAGUCAUUUACUAUUCACAUUAAUGCAUUAAAAUUAAAACACGCAUCUAUUAAUGAGACCCAAGCAGCUGAAAUCCCAAAACAUAUUAACAGAUUUGAGCUUGAAAAUGUCUUCUUUUUUUUUUCAACAUCAAAAUUUAAUUUUAAAAUGUAUAUUUUUACACAAAGACAUGUUAUGUUUCAAUAUUUUAAAUACACACUAUAUUGUAGUUCAUUCAAUAAGUCUUGCAGUGACAAAAUAUUUUUGUUACACAUUCUAUGUAGUACCUCAAUUAAUAAAUGGAUAUAAUACGUGCAAUAAUUAUACAAAUAUUAGAAGCCGCUUAUUUUGUACUUUGAUAUGCCAGCUACUUAAUAAAUUUUUCUCAAUCAUAAGCAAUUGACAAAAUUUUCCCACUAGCAGGCCUAGUCUGACUGAUUGACAGGGCAUUAUACCAAACUGACAUACUGACAAAAGAGUCAAUUUGUAAACUAUUUGGCGCAAAGCAAAUACAAAAGGCCAAGUGUCUAAACUGGUGUGUUCUUCUGCAACUUUUACAUGAAAAAUGACCACGCACUGUAUAACAAGUAAAUGCAGAGUUCAGUGAACACAAGUGGUAAAUUGUCAAAGACGCCCCCUGCUGGCAAUUAAUGCACAUUACUGGAACCCUUUCUGCAUAUGCGGAGCAUACUUUAUGCUAUUAUUAUUUAUAUAAUUUAUUUUAAUAAAUUGUUUUUAAACAGUAUACAGUUGCUGUUGGUUCAUUCAUCGCGAUGUAACUAGAUCAAAUCAAAUGUGUGCGCUUUGUAUACUGCGCAUUUUAUAUAUUGUAAGUCAUGUGGGUAUGUACUGCAGAAAGUAAAUUUGCAUACACUGUAUAUAUAUAUAUAUAUAUAUAUAUAUAUAUAUAUAUAUAUAUAUAUAAAUAUAAAUUAGUAGUAUUGUAUU